AUGCUCAUGAAAACUGCUGAUGGGCCUGACCAGGCAUGCAUCCCACCUGUCACUCUCUCAUCAUCGUCUAGUAGACUACUUAGGGCUAGGAACCAGCCCAAAGCUAGUAGCAUGCACACCGAAGUGGGCCUGCGUGUGGAUUCAGGUGCCAGGCCUAGGAAGCUGCCACAUAAACCUCACAUGAAACCUCAUCGAUCAGGUGCGGCUGGCCAAUGGACAAGGGGAAUUCUCAAGUCCGCACAGCUUGCAUUCAGCUGCAUGGUAGUGCCGAGGAAAGAAAGGGGAUUCAGUUCAGCUUUAUCGAGGGAAAAGAGAAGGCAUAACAUGUUGUACACAGCUCUUUUUAUUUUCUGUUUGAUUCUGUUGAAGGUGUUUGUACGAGGAAGAAGACGACAUAGAAACCUUCCACCAAGUCCUCCUCCUCUUCCGAUUAUAGGUCAUCUUCAUCUUGUUAGAGGAGGAGGACUUCAUCGAACUUUUCGAAGCCUUUCUGAAAAGUAUGGUCCCAUCUUGUUUCUCCAGCUCGGGUGGCAACCGACAGUCAUUGUUUCAUCUCCGUCAGUGGUGGAAGAAUGCUUCACCAAAAACGAUAUUGUUUUGGCAAACCGUCCUCUCUUCCUCCUGGGCAAGUACCUUGGCUACAACUUUACGGCUCUGGCUUGGGCGGGAUAUGGAGACCAUUGGCGCAACCUUCGUCGCCUUAGUACACUUGAGGUCUUCUCCCCCAGUCGACUUGACUUGAUUGUGGGCAUCCAGAAAGAUGAAGUUAAAUGUCUACUGCAAAGGCUAUCUCCGGACUCGAGGGAUGGGUUUGGCAAGGUAGAGUUGAAAUCUAAGUUUUCAGAGUUAACGUUUAAUAUCAUAACGAGAGCGGUUGCAGGGAAGCGUUUUUAUGGAGAAGACGUGGAUGCUGAGGUGUCACUCAAUUUUCGGAAUCUUAUAAACGAGAUAUUUCAAUCUGCUGAGGCAACUAAUCCCGCAGAUUUACUACCCAUAUUUCGAUGGAUUGAUUAUCAGGGUUUUGAGAGGAAGAUGAUUGAGGUUAGUGGAAAGUCAGAUGUGUUUAUGCAGGGCUUGAUCGAUGAGCACCGAAGUGACAGAAGCUCUUUGGAAAGUAGAAACACCAUGAUUGACCAUCUCCUUUCCCUGCAAAAAUCCCAACCAGAGUACUACACAGAUGACAUCAUCAAAGGGCUUAUUAUGGUCCUGAUUCUCGCCGGAACUGAGACAUCUGCAACAACGACGGAAUGGGCAAUGGCUCUUUUGCUCAACCAUCCAAAUUCGUUGAAAAAAGCAAUCGCAGAAAUAGACGAUCGAGUCGGCCAAGAACGAAUAAUGGACGAAACCGAUCUCCCCAACCUGCCUUACCUUCAAAAUAUCGUAAGGGAGACCCUGAGACUGUACCCACCAGGGCCAUUGCUAGUGCCCCAUGUAUCCUCUGAGGAAUGUGAAAUAGGGGGAUACCAUAUACCAAAACACACAAUGGUGAUGGUCAAUGCAUGGGCCAUUCAAAGGGACCCUAAACUAUGGCCCGAUGCCACAAGUUUUCGGCCAGAGAGAUUUGAGACUGGGAAAGCAGAGACUUACAAGUUCCUACCAUAUGGAGUAGGAAGGAGAGCUUGUCCUGGAGCAAGCAUGGCGAACCGACUGAUUGGACUGACGUUAGGGACCUUGAUUCAGUGUUAUAGCUGGGAGAGGGUUAGCGACAAGGAAGUUGAUAUGAGUGGGGCCGAAGGACUCACCAUGCCAAAGAAGACUCCGCUGGAGGCCAUGUGUAAACCACGUGAUGUCCUCAAAAAGGUUUUUGAAGGGUAUAAAACUGUCUUGUAGGCGUUAUGAUGAGUUCUGAAUUUUAUGCGUUGAAUGUCAUAUACAAUAAAUAU